UGCCUCGCCAGCCUCAAGAUGGCCGCCUUGUGGCGUCUCUGGCGCUGUUGAAUGGAGAAAUCUUUAUUGUUCCCUUCGGGCAGGAGUGUUCGUGUCCUCUAUGGCGCUGUCAAUAAAGAACGGCAGUUUGAAUCGGUGCUGAACAGACCAGAACCAGACUGCCUGAGUGUGGACCUUGACCUAGCUGUGUAACUCUGGGAUCUAGUGCUGAUCCUCACAAAGCGGGUUCUGGAAGAAGAGGGGAAGAGACGGCCUCGCGGCAGAGCCGAUCCGAUGGAGCUCCCCAACUACAGCCGGCAGCUGCUCCAGCAGCUCUACACACUGUGCAAGGAGCAGCAGUUCUGUGACUGCACCAUUUCCAUUGGGACCAUUUACUUCAAGGCCCACAAACUUGUCCUGGCCGCUGCCAGCCUCCUCUUCAAAACCCUGCUGGACAACACAGACACCAUCUCCAUCGAUGCAUCCGUGGUGAGCCCCGAGGAGUUCGCCCUCUUGUUAGAGAUGAUGUACACUGGCAAACUACCUGUGGGCAAGCACAACUUCUCCAAAAUCAUCUCUUUAGCCGACAGCCUCCAGAUGUUUGACGUGGCUGUUAGUUGUAAAAAUCUUCUGAGUAGCCUUGUAAACUGCUCUGUUCAGGGUCAGGUGGUGAGGGAUGUCUCCGUGCCACCCUUGGAGUCAUUCAGGAAAGAGUCGGAGAAGCCUGAAGUAGAAAUCCUUUCUUCAGAGGGUGCGGGAGAGCCUCCUCCUCCCCGGGAGGGUUCCACCCCGGUGAAGGCCGAGACGCAGGAAGCUGUCCCUACGGUUGCACAAGAAAUGAGUGUGGGUCCUUCCCCUGCCCAGGAGCUUCAGGGGGAUGCAGGCGCGCCAGUGGAGACUCCUCUCACUGCGGAAGUCUGUCCUUCCUCCCCUGUUGUACAAGCCUUCAGUGAGGCAAAGGAGGCCAGCACAGAACCAGAGUAUGAGACAAAACACUCCCAGAUGAAUUUUCUUCUAGAAAAUGAAAGUAUCUUCUCUGACGCACUCUUGGUUACCCAGGAUGUUUUAAAAAAACUAGAAGAAUGUUCAGAAAUUAAAGGUAUACAGAAGGAGACCAUGAUGGGAUGUCUUGUGGGUGCAGAAGGACAUUCAGCAUUCCAGAGAAUCCUGGAUAAAGUAAGAGAUGAGAGCCUGGAUGUUCCGACUGUUGUGUCCCUGCUGAGGCUGUACCAGGAUUCUAAUCCUGCAGUGAAGACAGCACUGUCAGGUGGAAAGCCAGAGGAUGGGGAAGCCGUGCAGCCAAGAGGGAGCACAGGAGCGGGAAAGACCUUGUCCGCUCUGUUACUAGAACACAAAGAGGACCUGAUCCAGUGUGUAACCCAGCUGAGACCUAUUAUGGAGUUCCUGGAAACAGCCACAGAGGAAUUCCUGCCCGGCACUGAGAAAAGGGUGAUUCUGAAUUGCUGUGAGAGCGGAACACCCAAGGAGACAAUAGAAAAGUGGUUGCACAGAAUGUCUGAGGAGAGGACCCUGACUGCGGACAGUUUGGUAAAAGUCCUUCAGGCUGUGAAAAUGGCGUUCCCGGACUUGGGCCUCCUGCUGGAGAAUUUGCAGAAACUAGCCACUUUGCCGAGCACCCCAGGAGAAGCCCCCAAGGAGCCGUGUUCUACCGAACAUUAUUGUUUUGCUAAUAUCCUUACAGUGCAAGCGAGCCCUGAAGAUUACGGGACUGAGCUAUUGAGAAGGUAUCACGAAAACCUCUCUGAGAUUUUCACAGACAACCAGAUGUUAUUAAACAUGAUCCCGCACCUGAAGAGUUUAGCCCCUGGAGAAAGAGAGGUCAUGGAGACGCUGGUGAAACGUGACUCUGGUUCGGGUGGUUUCAGUUCUUUGAUGUCAGCAGUUCUAGAAAAGCAGACUCUCUCCGCGACAGCCGUGUGGCAGCUGCUGCUGCUGGUUCAGGAGACAAAGGCCUGCCCGCUGAGCCCGCUCAUGGAGGAAAUGCGAAGGGAGCCGGGCGCCGGCGCUUUCUUCCGGGCAGUGACCACCCCAGAAAGUGCCGCCUUAGGAACCAUCCUGAGGCACCGCACAGUGAUCCUGGAGGCCAUCCAGCACACGCUUGAACUCAAGGGCUUGACCUCAGAGGAAGAGCGCCUGGCGGAGGCUGUGAGAGAGAUUCUGAGCAUCUCCUCUGAGACAGCCAGCCCUGAAGCUUCCCUGCGAGCAGUGCUGAGCAGAGCCACAGAGAAAUCGGUGUCGGCCACUGAGAUGUGUCAGCUCCUGUGCAGCGCCCGCCGCUGCUUCCCAGGCCUGCAACCUGUCGUGCAGGAGUUAGCUCACACUGGUUUCCUUACUCAGGAAAAUGGAGAGAAGGACAGGUGGAAGGUGAGUAAUAAAUUUCACCUGGAAGCCAACAACAAAGCUGCUGCAAAGGCAGCUGAGCCCAUUGAAGAAGACUGCCAGUCCCGGAAGCAGAACGACCAAGGGGAGGCUCGUUCCUUGCCAGAACAAGAGAAAGAUACUUCUGCCUCCCCUGACUCUGCCAAGAAGAGCUUUGUGUGUAAGGCCUGUGACAAGAGCUUCCAUUUCUACUGCCGCCUGAAGGUGCACAUGAAGCGCUGCCGGGUGGCCAAGAGCAAGCAGGUGCAGUGUAAGGAGUGUAAUGAGACCAAGGAUUCUAAGAAAGAGCUGGAGAAGCAUCAGCUGGAGGCCCAUGGUGCAGGGGGAGAGGCUGACGUCCCCAAGAAGAAGAAAAAGAGGCUUCCAGUGACCUGUGACCUCUGUGGAAGAGAAUUUGCUCAUGCCUCAGGCAUGCAGUACCACAAGCUGACUGAGCACUUUGACGAGAAGCCUUUCUCCUGCGAAGAGUGUGGGGCAAAGUUUGCAGCCAAUUCUACCCUGAAGAACCACCUCCGCCUCCACACUGGGGACCGCCCGUUCAUGUGCAAGCACUGCCUCAUGACCUUCACCCAGGCCUCGGCCCUGGCCUACCACACCAAGAAGAAGCAUUCAGAAGGAAAAAUGUACGCGUGCCAGUACUGUGAUGCUGUGUUUGCCCAGUCCAUCGAGCUGUCCCGCCACGUGAGGACCCACACCGGGGACAAGCCCUAUGUCUGCAGGGACUGUGGCAAGGGCUUCCGGCAGGCCAAUGGCCUCUCCAUCCACCUGCACACCUUUCACAACAUAGAAGAUCCGUAUGACUGCAAGAAGUGCCGGAUGAGCUUCUCCACUCUGCAGGAUCACCGCAAGCACAUCCACGAGGUGCACUCCAAGGAGUACCACGCCUGCCCUACGUGUGGGAAGAUCUUCAGCGCCCCCUCCAUGCUGGAGCGCCACAUGGUGACGCACGUUGGAGGGAAGCCCUUCAGCUGCGGGAUCUGCAACAAGGCCUACCAGCAACUGUCUGGUCUGUGGUACCACAAUCGGACCCACCACCCUGACGUGUUUGCUGCUCAGAACCAUCGAUCUUCUAAGUUCUCAUCACUCCAGUGCAGCUCGUGUGACAAAACCUUUUCCAACACCAUUGAACACAAGAAGCACAUCAAAACAGAGCACGCAGAUAUGAAGUUCCAUGAAUGUGAGCAGUGUAAGGAGAUCUUCCCCACGCCAGCUUUGCUUCAAGUUCACAUCAAGUGUCAGCACUCAGGGUCGCAGCCAUUCAGGUGCUUGUACUGUGCAGCCACCUUCCGCUUCCCCGGAGCACUGCAGCACCACGUCACCACGGAGCACUUCAAGCAGUCGGAGAGCACCUUUCCCUGUGAGCUCUGUGGGGAGCUCUUCACCUCCCAGGCCCAGCUGGAGGGUCACCUGGAAUCGGAGCACCCAAAGGUGACGGGCACUGAGACCCAGGCAGCAGCCUCGCAGGUGGUGCAGGUGAUCCAAACCCCGGAGCCGGCCACCUCAGCAGAGCAGGUGAUCACUUUGGAGGAGACCCAGCUUGCUGGAUCGCAGGUGUUUGUGACGUUGCCGGACUCGCAGACGUCUCAGACCAGCUCUGAGCUCGUGGCGGUGACCGUGGAGGAUCUGCUGGACGGGACCGUGACCCUGAUCUGUGGUGAGGCCAAAUGAGUGGCUGCCCAUCGGUGAAGGGGCCUGCGCUUGCAGCAGAGAGAAAGCUCCACGGCGGGCCCUUUGCUCUCCGUCCCUGGCUGUCCUGCAUGAUGAGCAUCUUAGCCCAGCACCAACCAAAAUGGUCUCACCUGGAAAAUAGAUGGAAGACGUGUCAUUAUUCUCACAGCACCAACAGUGCCAACCCACCGCCCUCCCACAGGCUGGCCGUGGCCUCCGGGACACUGUCCAUCCCUCAGCAGAGCAUAGCUUCUGAAAGAGAGUUGGAAAGCCAUGGGCAGGAGCUGGUGACCAGGUAAGCAGAGAGGUGCCAGGAGCCCGCAGCCCUCUGCGCAGAAUGGCAGGUGUGGGGCUGCAGAUGCUGUCAGUGCCUUCUGCCCACGUAAGAAUGAGAGAAAAGCACCCACGGACCAUCCAGGGGCCCCCAGUCUUGAGCACACUUGGCCCCUUCCUCCCAUCUCUCAUCCCCCCAGCUGCUGGCUAUGGACAGGAGCAGCCUGUGAACAGCAAGGCCUCCUCUACCUGGGACUCCCACCCGGGCAGUGCCGUCAGCCCUUCCGCAAGCGAAGCCUUGGGAGAGUUCCUGCUGGACGUGUUCAGUGGAGGCCAUCGACUGCAAAGCCGUCCCUGCCCCUCCCGGAGCUUCGCGGUGCUCUGUACUGAAGGCUGAGCCUCAGCCUUCCCCGUGGCCCAAUCCCCUUCCCUGUCAACGCCUGCCUUCUGCCCGACCUGGAGCCGUGCCCCUCCCUCUGGAGCAUGUAAUAGAGCUCACAACCCACGCCAGGUGGAGCAGUGCCCGUGACCGCCCCGGCGCUGCCUCCUGCCACCGUCCUCCACGCUGGGUGUUGGCCUGCUGUCUGCCUCUUCCAGGCUGCCACUGCUUCUGCAGGUCAAGAAUCCUUUGGAGUCUGAAUCGCACCAGGCUUUUUAUUUCCGUUCCUAACAUGUAAUCUGAUAAUUAAUGGGUUGUGGAGUCCAUUAUGAAGUGCAAUUAGAUGGAUAUAGGUCCCCGCCAUUUGGAGAGAAUGACUAGCAUUUAUCUUCCUUUCCUCCAUGCCAGGAGGUUGGUCUGCUAGUGCAGUGUUUACACACAGGCAGGCUCCCUGCCACCUCGGGGCUUGCCCCCCUGCAGAGGGCAGUGCCCAAUGUGAUCACUGGCCUUCAAGCUCGAGGUGGCAGAAGACUAGCCUACCCCUUUCCAAGCACAUUUCACAUCGCCAGGGGCAAGCAGGGAUAAAGGGUCCACGUUGGUCACGGGACAGGCUUUUAUUGCCACCACGCACUGCUGGAAAGGCAGAGGUGGGCCCUUAACACUGACCAGUAUGUUCGUGGGCCAGGGCCUGUGCAGGCAGUGAGCGCCUGUCUGGGCCCUCCACCCAUACUCCUGCCUCCAGGGUGUCCUCGUUGUGAUGUGCAAAUCGCUGGAGCUGGUCAGCUCAGGGGUCUUCAUUCUGAAGUCAAUGAUGUUUUCAAAGGCAAGUCGGCCUCAGAAGCCAAAAACUGACCAGAAGAUGGUGCUCAAACCUUUGAGACUUCGCCUCCACGUGAAACCUUCACAGCUUCUGCCAAGCCUGCCUGUCUCCUUAAGGUUUUCACCUGUGAGCUGUCAGCCCGGGAGCGCUCUCCAUCUGCAAGUGGCGAAAUGGCACUGACUCCCGCUGACACCAGAUAAACCCACCGAAAGAGUGGAGUGGCCUGUACUUACAGCGCCUGAGGCCCAGCCCAGCGAUGAGGACACAGCUCCUCAGAGCCACAGGCUGCGGCUGGGAGCUGCGUGUCCUCAGGACAUCAGCCAAAACACGGAUGAAAAGGAAUUGCCGAGGGCCUGCAGGAGAGAGUGGUUUCUCCUUUUACACAGUCUUCCGCAUAAAAAAGGUACAUGUUUUAAACUCACGUUCGGAUCCUUUCCGGUGCUGAGAACCCCUUUCUUAAUUUCUGAUGGAGCCGGGCUGUGGCAGGACACGCCGUGCUGGGAGCUACACGGACGCCAGACUGACAGCUGCUGUCGGACUCACCGGGGCACCCGUGUCGGGCACGGCCUUGUGCUCAUUCUCGUCGGGGAUGAGGAAGGGCCAUCCUGGGUUUAGUCUCUGCUCCGAGGGGACCUUUGCAAGAUGCGGCAUUGGCAGUGACCUUACACUCUCCCUCUCUAGAGAUGCCAGGUGUGAUUUUAUUGUAGAAAAACUUUUCUAGCUCUAGCUGGCCAUUUUAUUCUUUCCCCCACUUCUGCCAGAGAGACCUUCUGAGUUACUGCCACAGAGGACACUGUUAUCGUGGCCUCGUCCAGCUCACUGACUUGCUUCUUGGCAGUGGUCUUCUCUGCCUCGUUGCUGUGGGUGCUGCCUAUGGCCUCCAGCUGAACGCGGGGCAUUUGCGGUGGUCUGGAGGAGUCGGUGGCUCCCAGAGCUCCUGAGACAGCUGGAGAGGACAGGCAGGCAGGCUGCGAGUGGGAGUCUAAUUCGGUGGGAGUGAUGGGAGCCACUUAGGGACAGGACUUACCAUCCAGGUAAGUGAGAAGCGUGUAGAUGGUUCAGGAGCAGGAUGGCCGUAGGGAGAUGUCCCCGCCCCUGAGCAGAGCCUGAGGCCAGAGGGGCAGCCCAGGGGCAAAGAAGGUGUUUCCUCAUCUAUUUUAUAAAGCCCAUCUCCUGUCUCAGGAGUGUUGUGUUUGGAAAACUAAGGCCAUGUCUUCAUGGUCUGCAGUGUGAGUCCUGGGUUCCCUGGAGAUUGCAGCCCUCCCUGGGGUUGCUUCAGACUCUCCUCCUGCUGACAGUGGAACACAUCAGCCUCGCCCCAGGGAGGGCCCGAGAGGGGCUGAGGAUGAAUGGGAGACCAGCCCCGUUCUCUGCACCUGGGCUAGUGAGGAACUCUCCCAGGUCGAGAUGAGGCGGCCCUAAGAGUUCCUCUCUCACCCAGGCAAUGUGGCACCACAGGCUGGUGGCAGACUAAGGAGGUGGGAGGGAUGUGCCUUUAAAUCUGAUGUGACCAAGGAUGGAGGAAACUGCUCACCUUACAUUGAGUGGUUCUUACAAGCAAUGUUUCUAUAACACUGGAGCUAAAAAGCUGGACAGUGAUGGAGAAAAUGCUGGCAUGUCUUCAUCAGUCCUCCCCAAAGAAUUCAGCAGCCAGGCCUGCUCUGUGUGGCCCAGUGCAUCCCAGGGACCGUGGGCAGUAGGAGAAAAAGGAGGACUUGGGGUUGAAAGGAGUGUGAAGGCAAGUUGGUAACUGUUUUGAAACUGUUUGCCAUGGAAAACCUUGGGACUGGUAGGACUUGGGCCAAAGGCUCAGAAGCACAGUCAGAACUCAGAAACUUCUACACCAUCAACUCAGCCUAUACGCACAGAAACUACCUGUGCUUUGGUGAUGACGUGUUGAGGAGAACUGUUCCCCCCGGGCUAAUGUGAUUUAGGGGCUUCCAAAUCACAGAAAUGUUUGUCGUCUCCCUCACCAGGCCAGCCCCACCCAUGAUCAGGACAACUAAGCAGCACGCGAUGCUGUAUCAAUAGGAUUACAAACGUUCGUGCUCGCCUUGCACUAGUCUAUAAAAAUAAAAUAUGUACCUUGAAAAA